AAUUGCCAAAAUGCUUUGGAAUUCUUAAACGAUUCAAAAACUGAAGUCUCUGAGGAUACAAAAUCAUAAGAACGCAAGAAGCAGCAAGGAGGAUUCAGUGCCAAUGCAGCAACAAAAAAGACAGCCAGAGUUAGUGGAAGGAAAUCUUCCUGUUUUUGUUUUUCCUACAGAACUUAUAUUUUAUGCAGAUGACCAGUCAACACACAAGCAGGUGUUGACUCUAUAUAACCCCUAUGAGUUUGCCUUAAAAUUCAAAGUUCUUUGUACAACUCCAAAUAAAUAUGCGGUGGUUGAUGCUACUGGUGCAGUGAAGCCUCAGUGCUGUGUUGAUAUUGUGAUUCGUCACAGAGAUGUUCGGGCUUCUUACUAUGGUGUGAUAGAUAAAUUCCGUCUGCAAGUGUCUGAGCAGAGCCAGAGGAAAGCAUUAGGGAAGAAGGAGAUUAUUGCUACUCUCCUUCCAUCUGCAAAGGAACAGCAACAACAAAAGGAAGAGGAGGAAAAACGAAUAAAAGAACACCUGGCUGAAAGUGUCUUUUUUGAACAGACUUUGUGUCAACCAGAAAACAGAACUGCCUCGUCGGGACCUAGUUUACUAACAGUCUUCCUAGGAAUAGUGUGUAUUGCAGCACUAAUGCUACCUACAUUGGGGGAAAUGGAAUCCCUGGUGCCUCUCUACCUCCAUUUAAGUGUGAAUCAAAAGUUAGUAGCUGCUUAUGUUUUAGAUUUGAACAACAGUCACACUAAACCGAAUUCUCCUGUCCCGCUACCUGGCAGAAAUGAGGAUUUGAGGGAAACAAGCUAGGCAGCUUCAGAGUGAUAGCUAGAGGUGAGGUAGUGGUGGGGAAGGAUGCAAGUUGGUGGUUAAUGCGCACACUCGGGCAUGUCAGUCGGCUGAAACAGUUGGAACACUCACUUGUUGCUCUUUGCCUGAGCCAGUGACAAUGUAUUUUCAGAUCAGGACCUUGCAGUAAUCCUUGCUUUGGUUUUUUUAUCUCUAGUUUUGAAAGUUACUCCCGUUUCUGAUGGUGCCAACUGUGGUAUUAAACCAUUUGACUUCAUACAGUUGCAACAACUAAAUCUGUUUCUAGAUUCGCUAUGAAAUACUUGCAGGUUUUGAUUCCUUUGGUAGCAACGUUUGUGGUGUUAAUGAAAAGAUUCUUCUCUGUGCACCUCUUGCUCAUGUAGAAAGUUGAUUGAUUGCUCUUAAACCACUUUUUCCCACCACGAUGUACAACUGGAGUGUGCAGCAUUUAACAGAAAAGGGAGGCCACUACCGCACCCAUUGGGCUAUCCAGCAUUUGAGAAGUAUUUGCUUUACAGAAAUGAGUUAAAACCCCUUAGUGCCUGAAAGCCCCUAUAGAAGUGGUAUAGGCUGUCCUGUAGCACCUUCCAGAAGCCUCUGUUCCUACUCUGCGAUGAUUUAGAUAAUCCAAGCUAAGGCCUAGAGCAGCUGUGGUAGUACUGAUUGCCUAAGCUAAUACAGACCUUAAGAAAUAGCUGAACUGUUAAUUCCUCUUUAAUGGAUAAAUUGCUUAUCUAAUGGAAGGUGGCGUUACAGCUCUGUUCUGCCAUGCUUCUACCUUCAAAAUAUUUAUAAAGCAAAUAAGUGAAAUCAGUAUGUAAAUCAGAACAGUAAAAUAGUCUCAGAAAUUUCUUUAUCCAUGGUGAGAUCUGUAGGCUUUAGCUAAGCCUCUGCCCUGAAAGGCUGUUCUAUUAACAUCACCUGAGCUUGCAAGAAAGUAAGAUUGCCUAAGAGCUGAUAAAUUACUGUUUUGACAUUACAUAAGGUUGGAAUUCAAGGAGCCCUAAUGUUUUUUCAUAUGCCUCUUCACCUUGUGCAAUAUAACUCAUGGCUAAGAACUUGAAGAUUGUAUUUUUCCUGUCUCAGCACAUAGUUAAAGUGAACUUUUCAGCGUGUCAUGAGCAGGCUUAUUAGCCCCACAUUUCCUGCUUUCAUCUGGUUUUAAUUGUUUUUAACCUCUAUCAGAGCAGUUCUUUUUUUUUUUUUUCCCUCCCUCUUUAAAGGUCACAACAAAGAGUCUGUAGAAAGCUCCCUGUACAGACUGACAAGAAAGCUUAACAUCUUUGUCUAAAACUAGUCUUUGAUCAGUAAUUCUGCACAGAGCAGAAACAAAAAUGUCUUGGAGCCUUCAGCUCCUCGGCCUUACUGAUGAUCCAGCAUUUGACUUAGGCUCCCCCUAACUAGCCCCCAUGAAAACGGGGGGCUUGUGUGCUAGUGUUACAUGGCCUUAAGUCAAAAUCUCAACGUUGAGAUUUUCCAGUAGGGAGAUCAGGAGUUGUUUGGAGUAUUUAUAGCUGUGGUGACAUUAGUUACUAGCUCUACUGCACUUCAGUGGCAGCUUUAAUACCUAUUUUGGCUACAUCAAAACUUGGAGCAAUGCUUCUAAUAGUUAAUUAAAGUGUAUAUAUAAAUUAAUUCUGCGUUUAUUUACCUUAGUUUCUGGCCUGUGACAGGAUGAACUGUUUUUUCUUUAUUUUAAAUGUUUUAUUCAGUG